AUGAGCAAAUGCGCCCAGCGAAGCGCAUCGCUCGCCUUCCUCGGCACGCGUCCCAUCCGUCGCCCAUUCUCAUGCAGCCCCCGCCUCCCGCGCGCGCGAGACCCUCGCAUCCGCGACAUAGGCCGACAAAUCGAGGACGACUACGCCGCCAUCCGCCAACACUACGCAACGCCCAAAUACCCCAUCGUGCUGGCUCACGGCCUCCUCGGCUUCUCAGAGCUGCACGUGCCUCCCUUCCCGCGCAUCCACUACUGGCACGGCAUCCGCGAGGCGCUCACGGCGCAGGGCGCAACCGUCGUCGCCACCUCCGUCCCGCCGUCGAGCUCCAUCGCCGACAGGGCCGCCAGGCUCGCGGAUGAGAUUGCGCGGUCCGGCGUCGACGCCGCCGCGGGCGUCAACGUCGUCGCCCACAGCAUGGGCGGCCUCGACGCGCGCUGGAUGAUUGCGCGCACCCUCAAGCAGAGCGGUAUCCCCGUCAGGGUCGCCUCCCUGACCACGAUAUCCAGCCCGCACCGCGGCUCGCCGUUUGCCGACUACGUGCUGCGCGCCGAGGCGGGACUCUUGUACCUCCCGCGCGCGUACCGGGUGCUCGAGCGCGCGGGCCUGGAGACGCGCGCCUUUGCGCAGCUCACCACGUCGUACAUGCGGGACGAGUUCAACCCGGCCGCCCCCGACGACCCGGCCGUCAGGUACUUCUCGUACGGGGCAGUGGCGGGCCCCGCGCCGCUGCUGAGCCGUUCCGCGUCCCGGGGAGGAUUGUUGGCGAGGCCGAGGGCGCCAACGACGGGCUGGUGA